AGCAAGUCUCAGCAGAGAACACGUUCCAAUUAGUUAGGGAUCAAGCCCCCGGAAUCCUUUGCUCCGUGCGCUUGCUACAAUUGUUACUACCGCUACUACUGCUACUAUUACUAUUACUAUACCCACGCGAUGUGUGAUAUACAUAUAAAAAAAAAAGAUCGCGAUUCUGUGCUUCUCGCGGGAAAUGAACAAUUUUCGGGUUCGAUUUCGAUGAGAAAGAAUGGGUAAGAGAAGGGAGCAAGCAAGCUAACGAGGGUAAAUGCGUAAGAGAAGAUAGUGGAGCAGUUUUAAGAGGUGUAAUCCAGGAGGUCAAAGCUGAACUAACAAAACAAGCAUACAAACAAACAAACAAUAGUGUAAGUACAAACCAACAGCAGAAAAAACUAAUAAGCUUCUCAGCAAUUCAAAGGAGCAGUAAAGCGGCCGGCAGGUAGAUAAGAACGCGCUGGGCCCUCUUAGGCGUAUUUUGUCGACCCUUUCGAGGCAAAGGGAGAUUGAGAUAGUGUGUAUUGCUUUGCAAUAAGCUGAAGUUGUUCCGGCUUUUCCUCUGAUAGAGCCUAUAAAUCGCUUAGCAAGUAGAAAAAGGUCGCAUCGAAUAACCAAAAACCACAAACUCUGAAAGUGGAAGCACUAAACGGAACAACAAUUACCAAUGCGAUUUAUCUCACCGGAAAUUGAACAAUUUUCCCUCCCCAAUCUAAGAAACUUAGGGAAGCAAACAGCUUUUUUCUUUGUUUUCAUUUGCCUAGAAAGCUUCAAUAGUGGCCUAUACUUACAUUUUCCCUUUGAUGUUUCACCUUCUUUCCUUUUGUUUCAAUUCGUUCGUUCCAUAUACGGCGAGGUAGCAGGAAGUAGAAAACAAAUUUUGUAGUUUUUCCAUUUUUCCGAUUUUGUUUGCAACCUAUGCAGCAGCAGUAGCCCAAACCACUUGUUCUAAUGAGAGACUUAAGUAAUAUGAAUUUUAACUCUCGUACAUAUAAACUAGUUUCCCAAUAAAUAAACAAGAGAGGGCACGAGAGAAAGAAUUAAAAGGAAAAAACCAUAAGGACGGAGCGAUGAUCGAAAUUAGCGAUCGACAACAGUGGAAAUGUUGGGCAAGAAAAACCAAACUUAUUUGAUAAUAAUUUAAAAAGAAUAUUAGUUUAUAAAACAGAGCUCGGUCAGCAAACAAAACAAUGGAAAAUAGGGAAAAACAAACCACAGCAACAUCAAAUGUGUAUAGAUAGGUCGAUUAGAAUGUAGAGAACGGUAACGAAGGAAUGAUAGGCUUUUGAGUCACGUUCAACGAGCAAAGGAGGAGGACGUAGAUCUGUGGCAGCAUUCGAUAACCAUUGGAAUAUAUACUCAUACUGUUCCCCGUAUCCCUUUCCGGUUUAGUUUCGAUUGAACAUUCGGUUUCAUAGAGAAAAGCUAAAGGGGACAAGGAAAGCGAAUAGAGUGAAAUGUGUCCCAAUCGAAAAAGGUCAAAUAAUACCUAUUUUGCUUUUUGCCUUGGUCCGCGUUGUCCGCGAAUGUGACCGCAGAGGAAGUAAUAGAUAGGAGUUAAAGGUGCAGAGAGGUCUCUUUCCCACUCUCUUGGCGGGCGGCAACAGAAUAGAAUGAAAAAAGGGACAUAAUCUAUGCUCACCAAACUCGUGUGCGCGAUGGUGGGUUGUUAAAAAUUGUGUAUAAAGUAAAACAAACAAACAAACAAACACAGAAAAACAGUCUAGUUAUGUUGUUCCGCUAAGAAGAAAAAUAAACUAAUAAAAGUAAAAAAAGAUAAAUACAUA